AUGGGUGAUGAAUUCGGGGAAGACACAGACUUUAGCUCCGCUUCUUCACAAGCCGCGGCAACUCCUGGCCGACCACCAGCCAAGGUUCAACAACCGAAGCCGCAGGCACUGACAAGCAGGACCGGUCCUUCUGCCGUUCUCGUUUCAACUCGCCAAAAGGGCAAUCCGAUCUUGAACCAUAUCAAGUUCUUACCAUGGGAAUAUGCUGAUAUCCCGGCCGAUUAUGUGGUUGGAGCCACUACUUGUGCCUUGUUCCUGUCACUGAAGUAUCACCGACUGCAUCCAGAGUACAUCUACUCGCGAAUUCGAGCACUUGCGGGGCAAUACCAACUCCGCCUUCUACUCAUCAUGGUCGAUAUUCCCAAUCAUGAAGACCCAUUGAAAGAACUUUCGAAGACUUCGAUUAUUAACAAUCUCACGCUGAUGCUCUGCUGGUCAGCUCCCGAGGCCGCGCACUACCUUGAACUCUUCAAGUCCUCCGAAAAUGCCCAGCCAACCGCAAUCCGCACACAGCAGCCCCAGUCGUAUAAGGAAUCUCUUGUUGAGUUCGUCACAACACCUCGGAGCAUUAACAAGUCCGAUGCCGCAAGCCUGAUAUCUACGUUUGGUAGUUUACAAAAUGCCAUCAACGCGCAACCGGAACAGAUCAGUUCCGUGCCAGGAUGGGGAGAGAAGAAAGUUCGACAAUGGUAUAAUGCUGUGAGGGAAGACUUUAGGGUUGAGACUGCCAAGAAGGGGACGGCACCCGCAAGGAACAACGAGAGAGGGCAGACAACGACUCUAGAGGACAGGACCUUAUCUAGCCGAGAUGGCCCGUCAGAACCUAAGAAUUCCAAUGAUGAUGAAGAGGCUGCACUCUUGGCAGAAUCAGAGGAAGCGAGACGUAUUGAGAUGCAAAAACAGAUACCCGAAAAUAAUGGAUCGAAUGAUGCCAACCAGGCUGAGGGAAUGAGUGAUGGGGUGAUGGCGGCCCUCGCGAAGCUCAGAGAGAACGGCUGA